AUGAGAAAAUGGGACGGAAUACAAAAUUUGAAAUUAUCAAAUUUAUUUAGGUGUAGUUUACUCUUUACCGGUUGCAUUACCGGUACAGCUCCAUUAGCUGCGCUUGGUGCAACAACAAUGAGAUGUUUUAAGGAUUUUACUCACGAGGCAAUUCAUUUAUUUGUUCGUUGCCGCAAUUGUGGUCGUGACAUGCAUCUUACUUGUGAGCUUUCAAAGUCUGGCAAAAAAUUUCGCUGGGGAUACUAUGAAAAUUUUCUUCAUCGAAGAAGCUCUGAAGAAUUUCAACCGCGUUUGUCUUACAACAAAAUUAGAGAAAUAUACGAUGAGAUGUGGGAUAAAUACAAUUUGAUGUUUAGGAACUGUUUUAAUUGGGCAAAGGAUUUUUAUGGAAAAAUUUGUAAUUUGAAGUGAAAGAGUUUUUUGAUUGAAUUU